AUGUUGUAUGAAGCAUUCUUUACAGCUCUUAUAGGGGUGUCUUGGGGGGUCUUUUUCCUUAUAAACCCGCUAACACAAAACGGGGGCGUAGGGAGGUCUGUUCCUUCGAUUAGCACAAUAGACAAAGACUGCUUUAUUUUUUUCUAUUUAAAUGCGGCCAUUUUCUUUAUUCUGAUCUACUUCUUUAAAUAUACCAGUAAAAGCACCCACUUACUGGGCAUACACAUUCUUAGAAGACUUAUUGAAUCUUCUGUGUACUCCUAUACUUAUACAAGCAGAAUGAAUAUCCUCCAUCUGGCAGUGGGCAUUAUCUACUACCCAAUGAUACUAAUGAGAUCAGUUGAGAGCAAGUCCUCCCAAGUGUACUUAUUCUGCGCAGGAACUCUCCUACAGACAGUUGCACACUAUUUGAUGUUCAGAAAAAAGCGCCGCAUAAGGUAUUUGCACUAUAUAUCUGAGCUAAUUAUACACUGCGCCAUAUGCGUAGACUACUUGAACCUUGCAUGGAUUGUAUCUUUUAGUAUAAUUAACAUUCUUAACAAUAAAUAG